AUGAAUGUGCGGUUGAUAUGGGACGCUACCCUUACUGCACAACCUGCGACGAUCUACUGGGCGACAGCACGAUCAAAUGUUAUAACUGUUACGAAGUGUUCCACCGAAAGGCUAAAUGUACUGGCAUUUCCGCUGAUGUAAGUUUGCGCUUUAUUACCUAAAUUUGUCGCCGAAAGGGCUUUGUAUUAUUUGAAGUCGUUCAACCAAAUUUCUUAUAGAACCUGAACCGAAUCGCUAAAUGGUUUUGUUACAUCUGUGACCCAUGUUUCUUUUGCCACGGGGAGGAUGAAAAAGAUGAAUCAUAUAUUUGUGAUGGAUGUAAUCGCAACUUUCAUCUCAAAUGUCUUGAUCCUCCGCUUAUCGAGCAGCCCACUAAUUUUUAUGAAAAAUGGUUUUGCAGAUAGUAAGUUUAUAUUCUAAAGAUGUCGAGUUUCAGCUGCUCUACAAAUAUCUGCAUGGGAUGUUGGUUUCCAAUGCAUUCCUUGGCUUGUGAUUACUGUUAUCAAUGCCAAUCUCGAAUUGUGUGUGCAGGUUGCAACGAACCUUAUGAAGAAUGUGACAAGAAAGUGAGGUGUUCUUGGUGUUCAUUCGAUUAUCACGUGUUGUGCGAAGACCUAAGUGGACCUGAUGGAAAGUGUCAACAGUGCAAGAACGAGCCUCAAGAUGGUUAUGUUAGUAAGCUAAUUAUACUGAAAAUGGAUUUUUUUACGUUUUUUUAAAUUUUGCUUUUUAGGAGCAAACGCGUAUGUUCUUUAUGAAGGUCUCCAAGUAAGGAAGUUCCAAGAACGGCUGUUCUUUGAGAGGAACCAGAUAAAAAAGAAAUUCGCUUUGAAGCGGAUUCCGAAAUCUCGGUACGACAGGAGGAAUUACUCUUUACAUAGGUAAUAUUUUAAGUAAUUUUUUUUAUGAUGAGAUUGUCUUGACAGCUGUGUUUCAGACUGAAGAUGCUGCAAGUCUCAACGAUUCCUGAAGAUAUUCUGGAAAAGCUUUGUCAAGCAGAGUCUUUUUUGGGAAAGAGCUGCUUUACAACAACCGGGAUGAAACCGAGGAUCACUUGA